AUGGAGACAGAAGAACAAAGUGUCUCUUGUAAAGCAAAAGGUAGAAUGCGUCAUGCUACUGCUCGUGCGAUUGAGACAGAACAAGAAAGGGUCUCUCGUCUUGAUAAGCAGAAAGAACGAACUGAUGCUGCACUUGCAAUUGAGACAGAACAAGAAAGGUGUGGUCAGAGGCUGGGGUAUGAUGAACAAUUUUUAAGAAACAAUAAAAAUCAGUCCACUAUUCACAGUUACGUGCCAGUAGUUCGUCCUGUUCUACUCAGACGUGGUGCACUGCACAUUCCAAGGCUGGUGAACAGAAGAUCUUGGAUACGCAUAUUUCCACCUCCCCAUUACCCACAUUUUAAACACGAUCAUAACAAUGAUCCUAUUCCUGGAUUUACACUUCCGCAUCCAGACUAUCAAGAUUAUUCUGAAGAAGAUUAUGGAUAUCAGAAUGACUAUACCACAGAAAGGAGUUUCUUCAAACCAUCAGAACGAUCAUAUUAUUUGUUCUGAAAUACUUUACGAAGUGACGAGUACGACUUACCACAAGAACAGAGAGAACACGUCAGAGAGAAAAAAAUAUUACAUGACAAAUAGUUAUUUGGGAUUAAAAUUAGAUUCAAACAUGA